GAAGCGGCGGAAAGGGGCGUGUCGCUACCUGUUAGCUUGCUCGCUACACGCGAGCUAAAGUUUACCGCACUACUGUCACUUUCGGACAGCAGGGCUCUCCCCGGAAAGAGAGCAGGGCUUCCUGGGAAACGAAACUAGACGCCGACACUUUUCGUGUCCGACCCUCGUCAGAUGUGGAGGUUAACCGGUCGUCGGCGUCGAUUUUGAAACUUAUAUCCAGCCGCUUCUAAAUUGGUUACGGGUUAAAACCGCCGCGCACACGGGCGCAGGUAGAGUCAUCGCCCCCAGCUAGCUCCAGCGGCUAGCGCCCGGUGCUAGCAUGGACGGCGGCGGGAGCACGAAGAGCAACGAGGAAAGGGAGGCGGAGAAAUCGAUGGACGGCUACCUGAAGACGCAGGGUCUGCAUCGGAAGAAGAUCGCCAAAGACGGCUCCUGCUUGUUCCGCGCUGUCGCCGAGCAGGUGCUGCACAACCAAGGCCGUCACACCGAGGUCCGGGCCAAGUGCGUCGAGUUCCUGAAGGAGAACCGAGGGAGCUACGAGGCGUUUAUUGAAGGCGACUUUGAGGAUUAUCUCUUGAAGCUUCAAGACCCGCAGCAAUGGGUGGGAGAGGUGGAGAUCAACGCGCUCGCCGUCAUCUACAAGAGAGAUUUCUUCAUCUUCCAGGAACCUGGAAAGCCGGCCGUCAACAUCACAGACAACAACUUCAAGGACACGGUGCAGCUGUGUUUCCUCAACGGGAAUCACUACGACAGCGUUUAUGCCGUCAGCCACAUCCAAGCCGCCGCCCUCUGCCAGUCCAUCUUGUACGAGCUGCUGUACGACGGCGUGUUCGGGGUGGAGCGCGGCGCUCUGGGCUCGUGUCAGCGGUCCAGCCGACCCGCCGACCUCCUGAGCGACGACGCCAUGAACGCCUGCGUCAGCAGCGACGACUCGGACCUGGAGGCCGGCGAGCCGCUGUGGUACGAGGCGGCUGCUCCUUUAUGUAUCUACACAUAUAUAAUACAUGUAUAUAUACAUAUAUUUAAUUUAACGUUUAUUGUUUCAUACUUUUCUUUUUAUAAAUAUUUAUCACAUGAAUGGGAUCCAGCUAUUAAGUGUUUUUUUGUUGCUCUCUGGUUCAGAGUAGAAAACGAAGCGAGCACGCCGGCGAGACCCAACAACCAGCGGAGGCGUGGGCGAGGCCGCCUCCUCCCCGAGCGGGUGAGGCGUUCGCUGAACCCGACUCUGCUCAGGAAUGUGGAGUAUGACGUCUGGCACAAGUCCAAGAGAGCUCAACAGAAGAUGGAUUAUUGCAUCGCGGCCGGGAUGCAGUUCACUGUCGGAGAUCGCUGUCAGGUCCGUCUGGAGGGGCGGAGCCACAGCGCCGUCAUUAAGGAGGUUUCUCCCAACAACGGCCCAGUGAGCGUCUAUCUGGAAGAACUGGGAAGCAGGAAACAGGUUCCCCUUUGGAGCCUCCGCCCCCCCAGCGAGGAGAACAGCUGGAGCACAGUGGUCAACCGAGGAGACAAGAAGCUCAGCAACGGACACGGAGAGUGGGAGGAGCGCAGCAGAGGAAGAGGAAGGGGGAGAAACGUCGCUUCCGCAUCCUCAUCCUUCGUUUCCCCGGCAACAGCCCCAGGCGCUAGUGGGCGUGUGCAGAAGCAGCACUCGUGGCCCCCGCAGGCCACCGUAGAGGAGCAGGCCGGGGCAAAAGGCGUCAGGAAGUCCCUGAGCUCGGUGGACCCUCACUUCGGUCUGACGGAGAGGCAGCGCUCGGCCAGAGAGGUGGAGGAGAAGAACACGGCGCUGGUGGAGAUCCAGCUGAGGGACGAGAACAGCUUCCCCGUCCUCGGGGGUGAUGCAGGAAGGAGGAAGGGCGGAGACAAGAGAUGGUGCUCGACAACCACGGCGAAAAGUCCGGUCGACGACGUCGGAGCACCGUCACCUUCUGCUGGACAAAGACCCAAAUCCUCCACCCGCUAAAUCCCUC